AUGAGCGAGGCUUCUGCUGACACCGCUGCAUCAUGCAAAGUUCGCUGGUUUGAGGGCUCAGAGAUUUUCCUAAAUCGGCUGGCUUCACAGCGGACCGAAAGCAAAGACCUUCUUGUUGACCUGACGGCAGAAGACACAGCUAGACCCCUCACAUGCAGCGGAGAGCUGUCGUUGGAAGAUCUUGUGGCUGGACGCGAACUCCAGUCUGUUCUGGUGGCCAGCUAUGGAAUGAACAGGGAGGACGUCCUUACCGUAUUUGGUCACCCGGAGACCUUGACGCUCGUGGACCAGUAUGACAACGUUCGCGAGGAGCCAGGGGUGGAGCAGCUUGUGGGAGAUGGGACGGCAUACUCGGGAUGGACGCUGGUCCGCCCAAUGUUUGAACAGGGUCCAGCAUACAAAGGCAAGCUUCCAAGCGGCGUCAUGCAUCCAAAGCUUCUUCUGCUCGAGUUCGCUGAUCGUCUCAGAGUUGUGGUUUCUUCUGCAAACUUUUCACGUGCUGGAUUUUCAGAGAUUUCCCAGUGUAUUUGGGUCUGCGACUUCUUGAUGUCCGAGCGCAAGACGAAGAGAACCGACUUUGGAGCAUCCCUGUCAGACUUUGUUGACCGCUUGCUCACCAUCAACACUGGCAGCCAAGGUGCAGAUUUGGCUAAGAAAGUUCGUCAGAAGUGGUUGGGCAUUCUUUCGAAGUAUGAUUUGAAGGUGCCAGAAGGCGUCCAUCUGGUUGCCAGUGCUGCAGCAUUUGCUCAGCGAAGCCAGCAGGAAAGGCUCCCGCUGGAGCCAAGUCUGGUACCAAUUCUCAUCCUGCGGCCAGGUCCACCUGGAAGGGAUUUGGGUCUUGAAGUUACAAUGUGUCAGCUGUUGUUUUGGGCAGGUCCGCUCGGGCAAGUGGUUCGACAAGUUUGCCAAGGCUGUCUCAGAUCCUGA